AUGCGGCGGUGCUGGCAGCGCUCUGUGCCCAUCACGGCGCGAGUAGCAGACUCUGCGGCUGGCCUCGUUGCACAGCCUCCAGUGACUGCAUCGUCGCCGCUCCUCACCCAGCAUCGCGGUGUCUUCGCUGACAAGGUGCGAGCUGGUAUGGUACUGCGUGUGGAUAAGAGGGUGUAUCGUGUCGUGGCUAACACGCGCUCGCAGAAGGGUCAGAAUGCCGCCUCUUUCAACAUCAAACUCACCGAGGUGGGCACGAGCCGAAAGAAGGAGGUGACGGCUGGGCAGGGGCACGACUUUGCGGAGGUGCGCGCGGAGCGUGUGCGCCUUCUCUUCAGCGGUUUUGACGAUGACGACUUCGCUUGUUUUGUCUUCCCACCGCACAGCCCAGACGCGGGGAAGGAAGUGAACAUCCCAGGCGAUUCACUACCCGAGGUGCAGCAAAGGUUCUUGGCGUGUGCGAUGCCAGUGGACAUCCUGCACAUCAUCCCGGACGACGACACCGAGAAGGAGACGUGGACAGAGAUCACGAUGCCGAGCAGCUAUGUCUACACAGUAGAGACGAUUACACUGAAGGGGCUUUACAAGAUGGCGGCCUUUGUGGAGUGCGACGGCACCGUCAGCGUGAAUGACCAAAUUCAGCUCGGCGAGAAGAUCAAAGUCGUGAUUAAGCCAGACGGCACCGUGGCGUUUGGGGGGCGGGCGAAUCCAUAA